AUGCAGAUACUUAUUAUGCCAGGUACAGAUCAAGGCGAUACAUUCCAAAUAGAAAUGUCACAAGUGGGCUUCAGUGCAUAUUACUCACAGAAAAAGGAUGUUCUGCUGUUGGGUGCUGUUGGGGCUUACGACUGGAGUGGAAAAGUAGUUCAGGAGGCUUCAAACAAAGUGACCACCUUUCCAAGUCAUGUAUUGGAGAAAAUUCUACAGGACAGAAAUCAUAGCUCAUAUCUAGGUUAUUCUGUUGCUGUUCUCUCAACUCAAAACUCUGUCUAUUUUGUUGCUGGUGUACCAAGAUCCAACUAUACUGGCAGAGUUGUGGUUUAUGAUGUUGACAGCCAUGGUAAUAUCACCAUUGUGCAGUCCCAGAGAGGCGAGCAGAUUGGCUCCUACUUUGGCAGUGUGGUGUGUUCAGUGGACAUUAACAGAGAUUCUGUUACAGAUGUGCUGCUCGUAGGUGCACCAAUGUUUAUGAAUGACCUGAAGAAAGAGGAAGGAAGAGUGUACAUGUUUUCCAUAACAAAGGGGAUUUUGCAUCAACAAGAACUCUUGGAAGGUCCACAAGGGUUGGAGAAUUCUCACUUUGGAUCAGCGAUUGCAACGCUUGCAGACAUUGAUUUAGAUGGCUUUAAUGAUGUUGUAAUAGGUGCGCCGCUGGAGAGCCAAAACUCUGGAGCAAUUUAUAUUUACAGUGGAUACCAAAAGACUAUAUAUACCAAAUAUUCUCAGAAAAUUUUAGGAUCAGAUCCUGCUUUUGGACAACGGCUCCAGUUCUUUGGAAGAUCAGUAGAUGGCCAUAGAGACUUAGAUGAUGAUGGCAUUACUGACGUAUCAGUUGGUGCUGAAGGAAAUGUGGUUCUACUUUGGUCACGAAGCAUUGCAAAUGUGUCCAUAAUUGCCUCAUUUAAACCUGAGAAAAUCAGUCUACUGAACAAGAACAUGGAAAUAACUGCCAAAAUAUGUUUCGAGGCUACAUUUAGACCUGCUAAGAGAAAUAAUCAAGUGGCUAUAAGAUACAACGCAACAUUGGAUGCUGAUCUCCACUCCUCUAGAGUGACUUCUAGAGGAUUAUUCAAAGAAAAUAAUGAACGGUACAUGCAGAGGGAUCUUGUGGUACGUCGUGAGGAGAACUGUGUUCGUGACUUUUUUGUUUUACAGGAACCUUCUCAUGCAGUGAAUUUGUUCACUUUGCGCAUUGACAUUGAUCUUGCAAAUCCUGGCUCCAGUCCUGUUCUUGAUAUAUAUUCUCCUGCAUCGGUGGCCUAUAGUAUUCCUUUUAUUAAAGACUGUGGUGAAGAUGAACUUUGUAUCUGUGAUCUUGUCCUUAAGGUUCAACAGAAGGCAGAUGAUAGCAAAUAUCAGUUUAUUGUAAGCAGCAAAAAUAGAAGGCUGACAUUCAACGUGAAACUGAGAAAUAAAAAGGAAAAUGCAUAUAACACCAGAAUCCAGGCUACCUUUUCAGACAACUUGUUUUUUGCUUCAUCUUCUUUACCAGUAUGUGGAAAUACCCACCCUAAUUGUAUUAUUGCCACUACUUUUCCAGUUUCUUAG